AUGUAUGUGAAAUGGUUUGAUACAGGAAUGUUUUACUAUGUGAUUUUAGUGUAUUUAGUGAAUGUCACUUUUUCACAUUUUUAAAUUUCCACCAGUUCCGUCCCCCGGAACGGAACCCAGAAGACAGAUGCCGGCAUCGGCCGGAGGACAUUGCCGGGGACACUGCAGGAGGGACAUCGCGGGAGCGCAGGACAAGGUAAGUGCAGAAGGGAUCCCAGAGCAACGCUGCAGUGUAUUCCCGAGUGUAGCUCAGGGUUACCGCUUGUGGUGCUGAAACUUUACCCCGAGCUACACUCGGCAAUACCGCCAGGGAGGUUAA